AUGACUUCAUGCUGCCGGACAUGCUACCAUCGCAACCACGCCGUCGCCUCUGCACAAUCAACCCCUUCGCUUGUUAGUCUAAGCCUCGUUGCCCUCACCUUCAAGGAGGACAUCUCACCCCGUACAAAAUCGUACUCUGCACUCACCAACCUGCUGAACGACAUUAUCGAUGCGACCGAUUCGUCGUUACACCCGACAACAUUCACCCUGUGGUCUCCAUGCCUGUCGGACCCUAGAGUUGCUGUGGUUGUAACAACACUGAGCGAAUGUUCAGAUGUUACAUGUCCCAUCUAUAAUGACAUUUUCGCGUUCCUCGCGCAUCCGCCCAGUAUACAACAAGUAUACCUCGAUUACUCUAUUCUCUCGCUUGCCACACUAUCUCCAGAGCGAUCAAUACCAUGCGAUAUAAUGGCGUUGAAAGCACCUAAUUCCGGCGUUGCUGCGUCAAUCGGCAAGCAUUUCGGCUGGCAGCCCAAGCGUUCGUCCUUGUCCAUGCAGAUGCAAAACACAGUACCAGCGUUUAGUCGGCCGGGUGAUCUGAUCCGGGAUUUCUGGGCAUGGGCUGAAGUACCCUACCAUGGCCGCAAAUCGCGAUCCAGCUCGCUUGGAUCCAGCAGCACCCACCUGCCAUCGCCGUUGAUGAGCACUAACUCGGACGAGAAGAACAUGUCGCUCUACUUCGCGGAGGAUGAAGACGAGGCAGACGAUAUCGAUGAGGCGGACGAGGAGGCUUUGGUGAUGAUAUUCCAGUGGCACGACCAUGCGGCUGCAGAGCGGUUCAAGCACCCGCUUCAGAAGAGCUACGGGCCCAAUGGCGAAGAGGUCAGAAGCGAUCUGUGGGAUGAACAAGUCGCGCGUCCCUUGCGACAUUUCCAGAGCCAUGGCGCUAAGCUAGAUACCUACAAGGUUGAGCUCAAGGCUGUAGAGCCAAGGAUGCGAGCGGGCUUGCAGACGACUGGCAGAGAACGGAGCGGUAGCAAGCGCCUGAGCAUGAUGGCUUUGGAGCUAGGGGAGAAAGUCAGUGGAAUCUGGCGAUGA